CUGGUAGCAUUAAAAACCCAUAUAAAAGGAUUAUCCCAUAGGACCCUUACCAUCUCUUCUAGGGUUUAUCUGCGCCUUUCAUCGAAUACCUUUCUUCCGCCGUCAUUUCCUCUCUUUUCUUCGAUCAAGUGCAGUAUGGAUUCACAGAUCAAGCAUGCCAUAGUUGUGAAGGUUAUUGGGCGAACCGGGUCCCGUGGCCAGGUCACGCAAGUCAGGGUCAAAUUCAUUGACGAUCAAAACCGUUUCAUUAUGAGGAAUGUGAAGGGGCCCGUGAGAGAAGGUGAUUAUCUUACAUUGAUGGAGUCCGAAAGAGAGGCCAGGAGGUUACGUUGAUUGCUUUUGCUCUCAACGCAUGUUAAAGUUUACUCUUGCUCGAGUUUUCUUGGUAAUGUAGUGGAAAAACUCAUUGGUUCUGGCCUUAUUAUUAGUCGAUGGUUUCUUGAGUUUGCUUUUGCUCUCAAUGCAUGUUAAAGUCUGCAGUUGCUCGAGUUUUCUUGGUAAUGUAAUGGAAAAACUCCCUGGUUUUGGCCUAAUUAUUACUUCGUCGAGUAUUUUUUGAGUGUAUUUUG